AUGGAGGGUCAUCCGUUCAUAAGACGGUUAUCUGUUGACGAGACUCGAUUGGUGGAAGAUCUAACAAGAAAGAACUUGCCGCCACGUGAUAUUUUGUCAACCUUGAAGGGGCAAAACGAAAAUAAUGUAUCGGUAAUUCAAACGGUAUAUAACGCACAACAAAAGAUUCGCAGGCAAGAGCAAGCAGGAAAAACUCCAAUGCAGGUUCUUAUGUCAAUUUUGCACACCAACAAUUAUUUAUAUAAGUUUACUACAGGCGAUUCAAAUGAGUUGGAGAAUCUAUUUUUCGUUCAUCCAACGUCUUGGAAGAUAUGGCGUGCAUUUCCACAUGUGUUGAUGAUAGAUACCACUUACAAAACGAACAAAUAUAAUAAGCCGCUUGUAGAAAUUGUUGGUGUGACCUCAACUCGAAAAACAUUCUCUGUAGGUUUUGCCUUUAUACAUAGAGAAAAGGAGGCCAACUAUACUUGGGUGUUAAACUGUGUAAAGUCAAUACUCGAUAAUUGUAUGGACCCACGUGUAAUAAUCACAGAUAGAGAGUUGGCACUUAUCAAUGAAUAUGAAACAGUGUUUUCGGAUGCGACACAACAACUUUGUAGAUGA